CAGUAGGCAGGCAAAGGAGGCAGUGCGUACAUUCAUCCAUCUCUCUCUCUCUCUCUCUCGCUCGCGCUCGCUCUGUGUGGCACGUGCACACACAUACACACACACGCACACGCCAGCUUUCGCUCUGCAGCAGUGAGCAGCCGCACUGGAACGCUCUACCCUGCCCUCCAUCUGUGUCCUGUGGAACGCUCGCCCUGCACUGGGACGCAGAGACUGCGAUCAGGAGGGGGACACACACAAGCGUGCGCGCACACACGCCAUCCAAGGGCCGGACCUGGGAGCGCCUGAGCCGAGCGGACACUCACCUCGCUGCUGGACCCCUGGGAACUGCUCCUGCUCGUACCUUGAUCAUCCUGCUUUCCAGUCUCACCAGAACAUUCCAGCUAAAGCCUUUUACACCUGGACUGGGGGGCUAAUAGCCUAUGUGUCGGGGUGUGUGUCAGCGUGAGCGUUCUGCGUGAGUGUGCGUGCGCCUGUGUGUGUGUGUGUGUGUGUGUGUGUGUGUGCGCGUGCGUGCGUGCCUGUGUUUGCAUGUGUGUGUGUCAGCGCCAGGAGCGCAUGUGUGCUUCUCGCUCUCCUUGGCUUCUCACUCUUGGUCCCCCCACGAGCGCUUUCCUCGUCCUCCUCCUCCGCUGCCUCCUCACCACAUCCCAUGAUGCCACGCUCCACGUCCUUCUGCUAGGCGGCAGCAGCAUGGACGGUGCUCUGACCACUCGACCCACCGCGGAUUCCACCAGUGCCCUGCGCGAGAGUAUGCUCACGAGCCCUGCUGUCAAUGGGCGAGGACGCGGACACCCGGAAAAUCAACCACAGCUUUCUGCGGGACCACAACUACGUGACUGAAGCUGACAUCAUUUCCACAGUAGAGUUCAACCAGACGGGGGAACUACUGGCAACUGGGGAUAAGGGGGGUCGUGUUGUCAUCUUCCAGAGGGAACCUGAGUGUAAUAAUGAGCCUUACUGCCAGGGAGAGUACAACGUUUACAGCACCUUCCAGAGCCACGAACCCGAGUUCGAUUACCUGAAGAGCUUGGAGAUCGAGGAGAAAAUCAACAAGAUCCGAUGGCUGCCCCAGCAAAACGCCGCCCACUUCCUGCUCUCCACCAAUGACAAGACCAUAAAACUCUGGAAAGUGAGUGAGCGGGACAAGAGGCCGGAGGGCUACAACCUGAAGGAUGAGGAAGGUCGGCUGAAGGACGUUUCCACCGUGACGUCGCUGCAGGUGCCGGUGCUAAAGCCCAUGGACCUCAUGGUGGAGGUGAGUCCAAGGAGAGUGUUCGCCAACGCCCACACCUACCACGUCAACUCCAUCUCCGUCAACAGCGACUGCGAAACGUACAUGUCCGCCGACGACCUUCGCAUCAACCUGUGGCACCUGGCCAUCACUGACCGCAGCUUCAACAUUGUAGACAUCAAGCCAGCCAACAUGGAGGAGCUGACGGAGGUGAUCACAGCAGCGGAGUUCCACCCGCAUCACUGCCACCUGUUUGUGUACAGCAGCAGUAAGGGAACAUUGCGACUGUGCGACAUGCGAGCAGCUGCUCUUUGCGAUAAACACGCCAAGCUCUUUGAGGAGCCAGAAGACCCCAGCAACCGUUCCUUCUUCUCUGAGAUCAUUUCCUCCAUCUCCGAUGUCAAGUUCAGCCACAGCGGGCGCUACCUGCUCACUCGAGAUUACCUCACUGUAAAAGUCUGGGACCUCAACAUGGAGAACAAGCCCAUGGAGACAUACCAGGUCCACGAUUACCUACGCAGCAAACUUUGCUCCCUGUAUGAGAACGACUGCAUCUUUGACAAAUUUGAAUGUGCCUGGAAUGGAAGUGACAGCGUGAUCAUGACAGGCGCCUACAACAACUUCUUCCGGAUGUUCGACCGCAACACCAAGCGGGAUGUGACCCUUGAGGCGUCGCGGGAGAGCAGCAAGCCGCGCGCGGUGCUCAAACCACGGAGGGUAUGUGCUGGCGGAAAGCGCCGGAAGGACGACAUCAGCGUGGACAGCCUGGACUUCACCAAGAAGAUUCUGCACACGGCCUGGCACCCGGCCGAGAACAUUAUCGCCAUCGCGGCCACAAACAACUUGUACAUCUUCCAGGACAAAGUCAACUCAGAGAUGCAUUAAUGUCUGUAGGGCGGCGCCCGAUCCAACAGUCAAUGCUGUUCUGUGCCCCCCCAACCCCCCACCCUGCCCAGACUCAGCGCAUUUUUGUGUUACAACUGUGGAUUGUGCUUUAUCACUAGUGCUCAUUCGCUGUUGCUCAUGUGGGCUUCUGACGACCACUGGCCGGAAGGCCAGCGAUGACCUUUGACUUGUAGCUCCCAGAUGGACAGAAGGCAAAGCAUGUGACUUCGACCGACUGCUCAUCGAGGUUGUCAGGAUCUGUUCCACGUUCGUGAUCUCCUCUGCAACUCAGUUACUCUUUCCUUGCAUUUGUUUUGCUUAGUUUAGAGCAAACUAUUUACCGCAGUCACUUACAUGGCGGCACCUUUUAUGUUGGAAAGGCAUUUGAUUCAUGAGUAAUUCCUGAGAACUCUUACUAAACUUGGAGGUAACUGGGUGCUCUUUCAUGAUCGCAACUUUAUUUUUCCAAAGAAUUCGUUCUUCAGCAAGAUGGAAAUUGUUCACCACCAUUGCGUUUCAGAAGGGGCAGUGGGGGUCAUAGCGGUCAAGAAGCUGCCCUUAAGACCUAACGGUUGCAGGUCCAAGUGCUCGGACGCUAGGGGUGGCUGAAAUGUUCAGUCACACCAUGAGCCACGUCCUUCACUUUGGACAGAGCUCAAUGCAGAGACAGAUGAAGGUCCGGUAGUGUUUAUUCCAAGACCCACGUUGUCCUGGGGGACAAAACAAGGAAGCCCUUUUUCCUGCUAUGUCCUCGCUAAUCUCAUACGAGAACUUGUUGUAGCUGAGGUGGUGUGGCGGAGGGGGGUGCUCACAGGGUAAAGAGCGGUAUUUUAAACGUUCCUACACCUCCUUCUCUUCAGGCUUCACUGACAGCGCACUGCAGGCUCCUGUACGUCGAUGCGACAAGCCUCGAGGGGACACGUGUUUGAAAUCCCUCCGUUUCGCACCGGAUCUUGUUUUGGUUGCCCAGUCCCUGUUGAGGUGGCGGAGAACACAGGUACAGCAGUCGCGUCUCCAGUCUCCACAGCUCUCAGCGCACUUCUUCCUCCAUUAAUUAUUCAUCAUCGGAUCAUCGUCAAGAAUUCAGCCGUGCGAUCCUGAAGUAGAUGAAACAUUCCAGAAGUUUCCGAGAGCUCCUGGCUUCAGGGUCGCACUGCUGAGCUGCCCCCCAUCUUUUUCUGUCUCUGUGUUCAACUGUAUUUCCUUCUGUUCCGUACCUGGUUGUUUGGCAGAGGUGUGUAAACACUGGAUGUGCUACUAAGACCUCUUUCUUCAGGCGAAGGAUAGGCACAGGAGCUUUCGAAAUUUCUGACAGUGGACCUGGCACCGUGGGGGGGUUCAAGGCCCCGCACAUGACUCCCCUCCCCUUGUGUUGCGUUUUUCUGGUGGUGCUACUGGACACGGUACGAUACGAGUCGGAAUGUAUUAAUCUUUUCCGUCGGGUCUUUUUUCCUUGCGUGACGAGCUCGCGGUGAUGCAGGCAGUGAUGCAGGACAAGCGGCGGUCGGCCACAAGGAGCCUGAUGAGGAGAAGCGGUAGCUGUGGUCCUGAUCCGGUGAUGAGAGACAAGCUGAGAGGAGAGCACUGCACUGCCCCGUGUCUCUCGCAUAAGGGCAAAUCCACAAGUAGUCCUGAGGUGCUGGAUAAACACGUGGGGGGCAGGGGGGGACACAACAGAAUGACAGUGAUGCAUGAUAAUAAAUGACCCAUUUUCUGAUUUCUGGCUGCCUUCUCCAGACCAUAACCAGGGUGCUUGCUGUAUAAUGGCUUGCAACGCUGUGUCACCACAUGGCACUAGUUACCAUGACAACUACUGUAUGUUUUGUUUGGAAGCACAAACGCAUGUCUGCCAUUGUCCCGUGUUGCAAUGUACAUUAUAAUGCUUAAAACUGGCAAUGAGAAACAAAAAUCAAGGGAAUGAGGAAUGUUUAUUAAUAAUGUAAUCAAAAUCUUAAAAAGGUUCAAUGGAAUCAUGUAUAUACUGUUGAUUCUCUUAACAACAUGACAAAUAUUUGCUGUGAUAAUAUAACACGGACGAGGAAUGUGGUACUAUAGUACGUUUGUGCGUCAAGGAGUACAAUCGCUGAAAACACGCGGUGGGGCAACUUUGACCCGAAACUGGGCGAUAGCUGACGGAGGUCCCACAACUGCGCACCGCAGGUGGUCCACAGUAAGUUUACCGACGUACUUGAGUCCCUCAGCUCAGUGACCUUCUCAAUGAAUGUUCAGCUCCACUGGUUCCAGUCCUCAUUGUCCCACCCUAAACAUGUCACCUGUGAUGAGUCCAAAAUUUGGAGGUCCCGGGUGGAACAAUGUCAUCUCCAGGGCUCAAAUGACAUGUUUCUCCAAUAUUCUGUUCGUUAUUUUGUGGCUGCAGAGGAUCUGCGUCUCGGCCGUGUUCCGUUGUGUUUAUUUCUUGUGCUCGGCCAGCGAAAAAAGGCUUACGGUACAACUGUUACAUUCCAUUCUUCUUCUUGCCGUUAGAUACAUUCACCUCCUUUGUGUUGUUUCAUGUAUUUUUAGAGAACAAAAAUGUCAACUGAACAAUUAUAAAUAUGUUAAUAUGAGUUUUUCAAUAAAGAUUUCAACAAAAUU